AUGGUAAGUGACAGUGUGACGAUCACCUUUAACUGUAACCUCAUCCAGGAUGAACGGAACCAGAUAAUGACUUUGAAUGCUUGGCUAGAAUGGCACUGGAAGGACGAGCUCCUCGAGUGGGACCCAGCUCUCUAUGGAGGUUUGGAGAUCUUCAGAAUUCCGUCCACGAAACUCUGGUUGCCCGAUAUUGUAUUGUAUAAUAAUGCAGACGACUACACAAGAGGGUUCAUGCAGUGUAAUGUGAUGCUUCACAGUGACGGAACUGUCAUCUGGGGGCCUCCGGCGCGCCUGCGCAGUUCGUGCAAGGUGGACAUAACGUUCUUCCCGUUUGACAUUCAAACGUGCCACCUCAAAUUCGGGUCAUGGAUUUACGACAAAUCACAGGUGGAUCUCCUGAACAAGUCAUCUCGAGUUGACGUCACCAACUACAUCACAAACGGAGAAUGGCGGCUCGUCAAGUACGAAGUGGUACGUCACGAGGUCAUCUACCCAAUUAGCUCCGCCGUGUUCCCUGACGUCACGAUAUACAUCGUCCUUCACCGCCGCAUCAUGUUCUACGUGCUCAGCAUCCUGUUGCCGUGUUUCUGGCUGAACAUCCUCAGCGUGCUCACGUUCUGUCUGCCGCCAGCCGCCUGCGAGAAGAUAACUCUGAGCGUCACUAUUUGGCUGUCUUAUUCCCUGUUCAUGCUGCUCGUGGCAGAAAGUAUGCCUCCAACAUCGGAUCACGUGCCUUUAAUUGAAAUAUAUUUGUCCAUGUCGAUGUCUUUAGCGUCCGUGUCUGUGAUCGCUACAGUUCUUAUUCUUAAAGUCCACCACUGUCCGCCGCACCAGCUCAAAGUCCCCAACUGGGUCAAAAUUCUCGUUUUGAAAUACAUCUCCAGAAUCGUCUGUUGCACACACUUCCCUGACCAGGGAUUCAAACACAAGCACCCCACACGCGUCUCAACACCUAGCGCUGAGGAAAUAGACGAGGAAUCAACACAGCGGGGAUCAAGUGAAAACGUAACCGGAAUCAUCGCGCGCCAAAACCACGCAGACGACAGCAAGCCAGACGAGAGUCUGAACGUGGAGUUCCGCGUGACGUGCACGAACUCAUCUGACGUGCACGUGCACAUCCAUGAGAGGCGCGGCGCCCUGGACGACCUGGUGAGGUACCUGGGGCUGCUGGUGGCCAGGUCCCGGAGGGAGGAGCAGCAGACGGAGUUACACGACGAGUGGAAGCAGGUGGCGCUCGUUAUCGACCGACUCAUGUUGUGGUCCUUCCUGUCCAUCACCCUCGUGUUCACAGCCGUCGUUCUCAUACUGAUACCCGUCACACAGUACGGGACGGGGGAGGACGAGGGGCUUUAAUAGGUAGUACUAACCCAAAUAACAUCCGGCUGGGUCAAAGGACGAGGUGGACCUAACUUUUGAUAGAGCAGUUAAUACCAGAAGUUCUGUGAUUGGUGAUAAAUGUGAGUGUUUGUUGUAUAACAAAAAUUAGUUUCAUCUGGGCAAAAAAAGUAUGUAAUUUUAUUUCAUCUAGUACCACUGUGUCAAGUAACCUUGUGCUUGAAACAUGUAUGGGGUACAUAUACUUGUGCGGAACUAAGUUGGUCGUAUAUGCUACCCGUUAUCUCUGAAAUGAGAAGCUUCACCAUCAUUUUUUUGUGAUUCACUUUAAGGGUGAGGGGUGGUAGUGUUUACAUCCGUGGAGUAUAUAUCGAUUGAUACGCUGCAGGUUAGAGUUUUAGCCACAUAUGUUACUAUUGUCGUAUAUGGGAUUUGAUUUGGUGGAAUACACCCUUUAAGCCAGGUGAAGUUAAGAACCCACUUGGGCUCCUUUUUGCGAAGCGAUCUUAGCGCUAAGAUCACCUUAAGUGCAUAUAUACUUAGCUAAUCUUAGCACUAAGAUGAUAUCGUAAAAUAGGCGCAGAUUUAGAAGUGGACACAAGGGACUUUGGCACCCUAUUUUUGAUCAGGUAAUUAAUUUUGUCUUUGUAUAAGGUACCGUAUGGAGCACGAACCUAAUUUAAAUAUACUCUAUAUCAUCAUCUGUCCCAUGCCUAUCCACUAGCCAUGCCAGAGAUUGGGAUUGGGAUGGACGUUCCUGAAGCUUAAUUGAAUAUAGGCAAGUUAAUAAAGUAACAGGAACAUGAAAAUUAAUGUCAAGACCUUCUAUUAAAUAUAAGAGAUCUGCGCCCUAAAUAUCAUAGAGGCAGACUGGUUUUGAAGAGUGUUAGAUUGGUAGCACGCUACCCACAAUUCAUUAAGUGAAUUAGAUUUACAGUGACCAUGCAUUAAAAUGAAUUAAACAGAUACAAUCACCCGUCCACCUCAAGGACAGCUAUAACUGUUUCUCUGGACAUAUGAUUACGAAAAUAGUACUAGAAGAUAAUUAACUGUCAACGCUCAAUGUGGUAAUAUCUGAAACGGCUCCCCAUAAUCUUAUUAGGAGUCAGAGAGAGAGAGAGAGAGAGAGAGAGAGAGAGAGAGAGAGAGAGAGAGAGAGAGAGAGAGAGAGAGAGAGAGAGAGAUGAAAAUGUAUAAUCAAUGAAUAGUGAAGCGACAAUUACAGUACAAAACAUAUUUCAUUUAUGUAAGGGCAUUUAGUGUUAAGAAACUGUCAGUAUUAUACACAUAUAACUGUCAUAUUAUUAUUUGUUAAAAAACCUUUUUUUUUUAUUGUGUACAUGUUACUCUGGAAUUACUCUCCAAAACGUGUCAAAGUUACGUUGUUAAACGCGCGCGCACACAUUUAAAAGAAAGACUUAAAUAUUAAAAAACACUUUUAAAAAAGAAAACCUAAAACCAAAAACAACAAAGACAUGACACAAAAAUACAAGUAUUUUAUUUCUUAAAAUAUCUCAACUAGGAUGAAAUGUUAAACGAUUUGAAAAACUAUGAUUGAUAAUAAAUAUAUAUAUGAGAGGUGAUAGCAUUUUGAUGACAAAACAUAGUUUCAAUAUUAAUAUUUUAUUUUCAAACGAACCCAGCCAAUGUCUAUAUGUAAAAUGUUUACAUUUCAGUUAAAAUAUUAGGGUAUAAGCUAGAUGAAUUACAUUAAUGUUGUGCCUUUAUUCAAUUAAUUUGUUUGUUUCUUUAAUUGAAAACCCCCAACAACAAACAACAACAAAGCAUCAAAAUAAAAACCACAGCAACAACAACAUCAACAAUCAAGAAACAAGCACCCACCCUCGCCCACCCAACAAGCGAAACAAAAGAAAAAUAGUAUAUACGUCUUGAUAUUGCAUUUCUGAACUGUACGUUUUUAAAUUGUCUCUAGAACUAUAACCCCGAUAAAAACAAAUGGGCAUUUCAGUCUGCACAUACAUAUUUCUAAAUCAAACCACUGACAUAGUUUGCCAGUUGUACUUUCAUUGAUCGGACAGAAAGUUUAUCAGAUAUUAAAAAUGCUAUGUCAAAGUUGCAAUAUUUAUUUAAAACAUUUCUUGGAAACAUAAAGUUUAUACCCUUAGUUAUAUGCCUAUAAAAAUUACAACCAAAUAAUUCCAUUUACUAGUAAAAUUGUUGGGGUUUUUAGGUGGGGAAUCUUGAGUGUGUGUCACACGCAUUAACUAGUGACGUCACUGUUUUAUGCGUACACACAUUCAACACACUGAGUUGAUCAAAGAAACAAAGAUGGUGGACAUGCUACAUUUAGCCACAAAUUGUUUGGGAAACCCUCUUGUCCAAUGCAAGACUUUAGAAAAUAAAAUGUUAUUUUAGAGUUAAUUAUGGACAAAUUAUCCGUGCGAUCGAUUAAUUUAUAGUUAUGUAUUACAAAUAAAUGUGAAAAUAACGAAAUAGUGUAGUUUAAACUUUCACAUAGGACCUUUAUUACAACUGAGAAAGCAUAGUGACUUUUAUAAAUAAACAACCAAAGAAACCAUUUAGUAGAACAAGGUAGACAGAAUAAAGGCACAAGUAAUUAGUCUGUUGCUUAAUAACGUAGCUGCGACGUUUUUGUUCUCGUUUGUCUGCGUCACCUCGAAUUGUUUAAUGAUGACGCCAUAGGAUAGUGUUUUGCCAUCGAAACUGGGGAAACGAAAAACAAACGUGGUGCCGCUUUCCAAUCUGGGGUAAUCGCUGGACAUAUUGUAGUAGUCUGCACCGAUCGAGACCUGAAAAAAAUAGUGUAAUCAUCAUCAUCAUCAUCAUCACCAUCAUAAGCAGCAGCAGCAGCAGCAGCAGCACCAUUACCAUCAACAUAUUCAUUAAAAGGCUGUUUUCUUAUUUGUGAAUGGGGAAAGCCCCCAGACAUCCAUACAUAGCUUAUGUCAUUUCACUCCUGGUCUCUCUGUGUGUGUGUGUGUGUGUGUGUG